AUGGCCUCCCCCCGAACUGUCACCAUCGUGGCCCUCUCGGUGGCCCUGGGCCUCUUCUUCGUCUUUAUGGGGACCAUCAAACUGACCCCCAGGCUGAGCAAGGAUGCUCACAAUGAGAUGAAGCGUGCCUACAAGACCUAUGUGAGGGCGCUACCCAUGCUGAAGAGGAUGGGGGUCAGCUCCAUCAUCCUCCGCAAGAGCAUUGGAGCCCUGGAGGUGGCCUGCGGGAUCGUCAUGACCCUGGUUCCAGGCCGCCCCAAAGAUGUGGCCAACUUUGUGCUGUUGCUGCUUGUGUUGGCCGUGCUUUUCUUUCAUCAACUCGUGGGUGACCCACUCAAGCGCUACGCCCACGCCUUGGUCUUUGGGAUCCUGCUCACCUGCCGCCUGCUGAUUGCACGCCAGCCUGAGGACCAGCCUCCAGAGAAGAGGACCCUGACAGUGAACGGGGAAGAGCAGCAGUCGCUGGCAGACGCAGCCCCAGACAAGGGCAAAAUCAAAGUCUCCUAG